AUGUCUGGACAGUUCCCGACCUAUCACCUCGCCCCCAAUUUCUCCAUUGGGCCGCCUCCGAGGGGGUUGUUGGAUCUCGGCUCCAUCAUCGACGACCUCAAGAACCCAGACGUCAUCAACAGAACUUGCCAAGUCAACGUUGAUGAGAAUGACAAGUAUCGGGACGAGAAAAGGGGCUUCGUCUCCAGCCGUUCGAGAAUGAGGCAGGGCGAUUACGGCGUCUGGGCCAAGGCUGUCGGGAUUCAAGGGCUAGGCGGCGAAGUGUCCAGAACCACUGGGGACUCGCGCGAGGAAACCUACCGAUUUAAGAGUAUCGAAACCAUUUAUUUUGUCGCGGACAGAGCGUACAUUACAAAAGCAAUGAACAUGGAAGAAGUCGAGGAAUUUGUCAAGGGAAGCGGCUACAGUCCCGUCUACAUCGUCACCGGACUCAAGAUUGCUCGCGGCCCGGCCGUCAGUGUGUCCAAGAAUAGAAAGCGAGGAUUCAAAGCCGAGGCUGUGGUCAAUCAGCCAGCCGGCGUGCCAGGUGAUAUCGGCGCCAAGAGCAACUCUCUCGCGGAAGAUGUCGCGGUGAUGGAGUUUGAGGAAUCUGAUGACUUUGUUAUUGGUAUCCGCGUGAAGAAGGUUAGAUAUAGGAUGAAGGGCACGGUUCACAAACAGCCUGGCGACAUUGUGAUCGAGAAGUAUGAUAAAGGAGCCCAACUUUUGGGAGCAGGCGACAAGGACGAAGAAGUCCCUGUCGAAGAGGUGCCUCUCGACAGCGAGAUGGUGGGUAUGAUUGAGCUGCUGGAUGGAGUUCUGACGGAGACGGAUGUCGACGGCAGAGAGAUGGCCACUGGCUGGAUCGUGCCAGCCGCCGGCCCUUGGUGA